AUGUUCGCUGAUAUGCUUUCUCUGCUACUACUGCUACUUGUUGGACACCCCCUAUUAACGGGCGGCUCCUCCAUCGAUCCGAACUGGACCCCUUUCGAUCACCGCAUGGUGACUUUCAUCAAUUCUAGAGGCUUCUAUCCUGGUGACCGGGUUUUCGUACGCUGUGCCUUCAAUUUGAAGAGUCCUGUUGGGAUGACCGGUGAGAUCUCAUUCGUGCACAAAUCCUACAUACCGGCCCACUUGCGAACGCGUUCUCAGCAGGGGUUUUCCUUUGAACUGCCAUCGGAACUCCUAUUGGCCCUCAAGGAGCAUGGUGAAAUGCUUAAUGUGACACACGUCAAUACCUCAUUUCCGUCCUCGGGUUUCCGGGUGACUGCCCAUUUCCGAAUGGGCCUGGAAAGAGAGGGAUUCUACCUCUGUAAACUCACACCGCACACCGUCCUCUGGAGCCUCUACGCUAUGCGGGCCACGGCUUAUCUCACACUGAUACCGUUGCCGCUAGGUGAGUGA